CCAGACGGCCCAAGAGGCUCCCAAAUAACCCCUGAGGACCCCCAAACCCUCCAACAAGGGGCCGUGACGUUUCGGCUCAAGACAUCGGAGCACUCCUGUUCCUUACAUUUCAUUUCCUGAGACUGGGCCUGUAGUUUCCUCUCACUCAAACCUCAGGCAGUUGGGAUGGCGGCGGCCGGAAAGGCACCAUGGACCGGAUACGUGGUAGCGCUAAUGGUUCAAGGCGUAUCUACCGCGACUUCCAUGACGGUGAGCGAGCGCAUCCAUCGCGACAUCGACCCGUACAACGCCUCGCGCACCAGUGCAAGCACGCAGGAAGUGCGCGACCCAAUGCCGUGGUCCAAUGCGAGCGGGAUGCCCACGCAGCGUUCAGCCGGUACCUUAACAUACAGCCUCGGAGGAGUCAGCCAUUGUUGCAAUUGCGGUUGGAAUAGAUGGUGGAUUUCGGUGCCAAUUAACGAGCCUAUCGCGUCGAUCACAAUUAGUGGCACUUGGAAGGACCAGGGAUGGGGGAACUAUCAAGGGCACAUCCGUGCCAUUGUGGGGUCGGAGUCGUUUCAACAAGGUGUGGCACCUCAUUCGUGGACGGCGUUUAGUUGGACCUGGACAUUGGCUUCGCCCGCGACAUCUGGCACUCAGAUCGUGUUCGAUUACUUCGUUGGGGGUGGAGGCGGGCACUGUCUUCAAAUCUCUCAUCCCGCGACGCUGACUGUCACCACCGCGACGCCGAACCCGACGCCGUAUCCGACGCUUUUUCCGACGCCCUUUCCGACACCCUUCCCGACGCCCUUUCCGACACCCUUCCCGACGGCUUUCCCGACGGCCUUCCCGACGCCCAACCCGACGCCGAACCCGACGCCGUAUCCGACGCCGUAUCCGACGCCGUAUCCGACGCCGUACCCGACGCUUUUUCCGACGCCCUUUCCGACACCCUUCCCGACGCCUUUCCCGACAGCCUUCCCGACAGCCUUCCCGACAGCCUUCCCGACACCCUUUCCGACAGUUUUCCCGACGCCUUUUCCAACGGCUUUCCCAACGGCCUUCCCGACGCCCUUCCCGACGGCCUUCCCAACACCCUUUCCGACAGUUUACCCGACGCCUUCCCCAACGGUUUUCCCAACGGCCUUCCCGACGGCCUUCCCGACGCCCAGCCCGACGCCCAGCCCGACGCCCAGCCCGACGUAUCCUGCGGGUUGGCCGACACCACAUCCGACCUUUCUUCUUGCAGCUCCCAUGGCGGCUGGAGCUGCCGGAGGUGUGGCUGCCACUGGCGACCCCCACCUUCAAAACGUUCAUGGCGAGCGGUUCGAUUUGAUGAAGCCCGGCCGGCAUGUUCUGAUAAAUAUCCCUCGUGGAAUGAGCGCUGAACAAGCAUUGCUUCGCGUACAGGCCGAUGCGCAUCGAUUGGGUGGACAUUGUGCGGAAAUGUAUUUCCAACAUUUGAACGUUACUGGCAAGUGGGCAGAGGCCAAACAAAAUGGGGGUGGCGGAUCACUACAGCGUGUCGCAGAGCUCAAUCGAGAUUCCGCUAUGGGUUGCACUUGGUCCGGUUCAGCUGAAAGUUGUCCAUGGGCAUACUGAUGCUGGCCUCGCGUACUUGAACGUGUACGUGAAGCACUUGGGGCGAGCAGGGUUUGCCGUCGGAGGUCUACUGGGGGAGGACGAUCACCAAGACGUGAGCACUCCUCCGCAGGCAUGUGCGACGCACACGGAGCUCUCUGAGCUUUCGCACCCAGACGGUCCGGCAUCUGUUGCGGUGGCUUCCUUCUAGCCAUUGGGAAGGGCCGGCUACCCCCACUCGUGACGGAGCUCUAUGAGCUUUGGCACCCAGACGGUCCCAGUCGUUCCUGUUUCACGGCAUCUGUUGCGGUGGCAUCCUUCUUAUUAGCCACCAGGAGGAAGGGGAGCCUCGAAAUCUGUCUGAUUCGAUCCAGCCCGGCGGCAAUUCGCUGACUAUUAUAAGCUGUCUGAUCCAGACAAAUCUGUCUGAUCCAGCCCAGGAUCACGGUCCCCCUGACAGCGGGAUCCUUUUGCCAAAUUUUUGCCAACAGCUUCUGGAGCCCAGCCAGGCAUCGGGCCGCGCAAACAAACAUAGGUGGCGAAGGACCCAACCGUGUGUAGGUGUGAGCCCGGAGGGAGACGACCACGAGGAUUUGGCCGUUGAUUUGGAUGCGUAUGAUCGGUGCGCACGGAGCUACACAAGUUUGGGUGCAUGCACGGUCAUAGUCGUUCUACCUCAUCCGUUGCAGCUGCAUCCUUUCGCUUGACAGCACAGGUGAUCCUGUGCUGAGGAGGGGAAGGGUGAGGACAACUCCUCGCUCAACCGUCCAAUACUAGCCACCAGGCCAGGCUGCGCCCGAUUCGCGAGAGGGGCCAUAGCCGUUGCCAUUCUCCAAUGGGGGCAGCCCGAGGGCGCACGGCGCGAGGGUGCUCGCGAUUCCCGCGAGACGCGGGGCGCGAUGCGCGACGUUAGUUGGCCUAGGCUGCUCGUCAUUUCGUGGUGGUCGGGGAAGCGAGAGCACCUCGAUCGGAGAAGGACGAC